UCCUUUUGAGAAACGUAGUCGUUGCUGCUCGAGGACUUUUAUUUUGAAACACCGCCAUGUUUGAAUCAAUCUGGCGCUGAGUUCAAACACGUCUGUUUACGUCCGUGUGAAACGAGUUAAAAUGGACAGAUUAAAGCAGUGAAUAAAAAAGAAGGGCAAUAAAGUUUGGUUGUAAGUUUGUUUUGAGAUGAUGCUAAGGAGAAGGAGCAGCAGCAGCAGCAGCUCUAAAGUCUCAGCCAGACGCAGGAGCAGCCGUGUGGGAUUUGAUGAGUUUGGCUUCGCCUUCAGUAGGAGGAAAGAGAGGAAACUUCAGCACAGAUCUCAUGAUUACAGCUAUCCUCAGCUGAAUACGGUUAAAGUUAAAGAGCUGUGUGAACUGCUCAGCUACUGGAAUGGAUCCAGUUUCAUUUGUAAAAACCAGAUCGAACGCUAUAUCCGUAUUGGUAUUCCUCCAGCUCUGCGUGGCCGGGUGUGGAAGUGUCUGCUGGACAUCGAGACCGUCCGAGCAGCCAGUGAUUUCAGCUAUAAGGUGUGUCUGAGUGAGAUCAGGAAGCCUCUGGUGGACCUCGGCGUGAGCGAGUACAGCAUCAUUUCAGCCAUCAGCAUUCUGGGAGAGAGAGAGAACCAGCUGGGCUCGGCUGCUGCAGGCUCUCUCUGUGUCGACGUGCCUCUCUUCAGACAGAUCGCUCUGGACCUGCAAAGAUCUUUUCCAACCCACCGCUCUCUGAUGGGAGACACUCCCGAAGCCAUCGAGGGACAGGCCAAGCUUUUCCGAGUGCUCACUGCGUACGCCAGAUAUAACCCUCACAUUGGGUACAGCCAAGGGAUGUCGUAUAUCGCCGCCGUCUUGCUCAUGCUUCUCACUGAGGAGGAAGCUUUCUGGGCUUUGGUGGUGCUGCUUGAAAAACCUAAAUACCUGUCUGAGAUGUUUGACUCCUCACUGAAGAAGAUCCAACAUCAUGCGCUGGUGUUUCAGCAGUUGCUAAAACACAGGAAGCCUCAAGUAUUCCAGCAUCUGGAGAAACUGGGCGUGUCCUCUGUGCAUUUUAUAAUGCAGUGGUUUCUGACUCUCUUUACCUCUCUCCCAUGCUGGGACUCAGUGCUGGCAAUCUGGGAUCUCUUCCUGCUGCACGGCAUGGUGGUGGUGUUUCGUGCUGGUUUAACUAUCCUCCAGCUCCUGGAGUCUCGUCUCAUGAGUAUGGUGGAGGAGGCGGCUGUGCUGCCUGUUCUGCUGCGUGUUCCUGUAGAUGUAUCUCACUACAGUGUCCUGAUUCCAGCUUUAUGGAGUACUGAGGUGCAGGAGUGGGAGAUCAACUGCAUGAACAGUCUCAUCCUUGAGGAGACUGAUGAGGGUCAUGAUACAGACGAAGUCGACAACAACGGUCCCGUUCCUCUGAGCUGUGAAGAACCGAGCGAGCGAAGCGCUGAUGAGAACAGGACUGAACCUUCUGAAAAAGAGGCUGUAGGUACAAGUGGGAGGAAUGUGUUCUCACGCAUGCUGAAAGCAGCACAGCGCUACCUGGCAGACACGAGCAAGCAGAACAAGACAAUUUCCUCUCCUGGUAAAAGCAGCCAAGGUUCAGCUCUGGUGCCAAAGAGGAGAUCGUCUGCUUCCUUCAGCCUGACCCAGAGAAAGAAGGGCCAAAGCAGACAAUCCCAGAACGCAUCUUUGCCUAGAAAGGGACCAUUUACCCUUCAGGAUGGUGAUGGAGGUGCCACAGAGAACAGUUCCUCGAUGCCCCUCCGGAGGCUGCGUUCGGGUCCCGUGGGUCGUGUUGCACGCAGACGCAGCGUCGUCCAAUCCACCCGGGUCCGAUCUCUCCUGCAUCGGACUCCCAGAUGUACGGCCCAGAGUGCCAUCGUGGCCGGUGUGGAGCUCCGGGAAGCCUCACACAGGUCUCCAGUCACAUUCAGGUUCUGGCUCGGCGGAAAUCCAGAGAGCUUCAUACUAAACUUAAGUGGUGGGAGGAAACCGGAGAACUCAGAUGGAACACACAUGGACAUGAGGAGAAGACGUAAUCCUCCAGAGAGAGGGUCUGACUGGAUCUGUGAGGCAGCCCAACUGCACUUCCUCACAAGAUGCACUCUUUUAUAAAGAACAAAUAAAAACCUGCAGACAAUUUAAUCAAGGCCAACGACCUAAAGAAAAGAAAGCCCCUAAAAUCUGGUGUAUAAAACUGAACUAAGUGCUUGCCAUGGCACGUAACGGUCUUCUCUCGAUCUUUCCACGAUAGCUUAUACUGAAUUGUGCUGAAAUAACACGAGUGUGUGUUUCCACUAGCCCUCAUUUACACACACACACCACAAUUACUUCCCUGGCUUUAUUCUGGAAUUUUAGCUUUCCUUUCCCACAUUAACACUCGGCUCGGCACAUACACCGACCUCUCAAUCGCACACGAAGAACUGCACGGCUUCGACAGGAUUAAGUCAACUUAUCUACCACCAGAAACCCUCCAAAAAAAAAUAAAACCUGGCCGGUUUAAAAUCCGACCCCGAGUACACGCUGAUAAUAUCUACCUGUUGAUGUGGUGUGUAAACAGUCCCACUGAGAGAGAAAAAUUUAAAUGCCACAUGGUUUUAAAGCAAAGGUCAAAAUCUAAAAGCAGAUGGUGGUGUGAACAAUUCCCCUGUUAACGUCUCCACUCCCACUGCAGGUGUUUCCCUCCGAGCGGGACUGAGGGGUGCGGCCUGCUUUCUCCCUGCCAGAUAAAGCCCUUUACACUAACACACACACACACAUUUUGCAUCUGAUUAGUGCUAAGCAGCUGUCCUUUGUGAGCGCUGGAGCCUGUAACAUGACGACUCCCCUCCGUCCGCGGGCCGUGUUUAUAAAGCCAGAUGGCAUGAAACCGUGAAGGAAAAGUCCUCAGCGAUCCAGAGAAAUCUGAAAAACCCGAUCGAUACACACGCUUUCUAACGAACACAUGGGAGCAAUCCGGACACCACUGGCAACACUUUCUUUGUGCGUGUGUGUGUGUGUGUGUGUGUGUGUGUGUGUAAUAAAUGAAAUGAGAACCAAACAAGAUGUUAGGUGACGUUUACACUAGUGAGCAAGCGACAGGAAAGUGUUUGUCUGUGUGUGAAAAAAAACACAAUAAAUCAUCCUCGGUGUUCCAGAGAAAUCUAAAAGAAAUCGACGUUAUUAAUACGCAAGCUUUUUAACACAUCAGUGCAUCCAGAUUAUAAACGCGCUCCUAUUAUUUUUGUAUCGGACAACCGAUCGCCUAGUAACGGGU